AUUUGUUAAAAGCUUAUGUCAGAACUUUUGUCGUACAAAACAUGAACCAGAGAUAUUUUUUGUAGCCAAAGAAGAUCCGAGAAAAAAGAAUCUCUGGUUUCUGGUGAAGAAGAGGUCGGGGCUCACCAGAUGCUGUGGGGCAUGUGAAGGAAGGUUAUUAAACAAGGUGAAGAAAUUCGACAAUGAAGAGCUCACAAGGGAAAAUGGAAAACAAGUGGAAUUUUCAGGGGAAUGGAGAGCUCAAAGUGGCACCAGCAAUCACUAUUCGAGGAGUUCUCACCAUGAUGAUGCAAAAUCUCAACACUGAUGACCAAAGGCCUGUCAUUCCUUUAGGCCACGGUGACCCCUCCGCCUUCCCUUGUUUUCGGACUGCUGUUUGUGCCGAAGAUGCCAUAGUUGAUUCUGUUCGGUCCGGCAAGUUCAACUGCUAUUCACCCUCAGUUGGUAUUCUCCCAGCUAGGAGGGCUGUUGCAGAUUAUCUAUCAAAUGAUCUCCCUUACGAGUUAUCGCCUGACGAUGUUUAUCUUACAAUUGGAUGUACACAAGCAAUUGAAGUUGUACUGGCAGGUAUAUCUCUGAUAAAUCCUGUUGCCAACAUUCUGCUUCCUAGGCCAGGCUUCCCUUUCUAUGACACAAGGGCAGCCUGUUCCAAUCUGGAAGUUCGCUGCUAUGAUCUGCUGCCGGAAAAGGGCUGGGAGGUUGAUCUUGAAGCUCUUGAAGCACUUGCAGAUGAAAAUACUGUUGCCAUGGUCAUCAUCAAUCCUGGAAAUCCUUGUGGAAAUGUUUAUACCUCUCAACAUUUGAAGAAGAUUGCAGAGACCGCAAGGAAGCUUGGGAUUGUUGUAAUUGCUGAUGAAGUGUAUGACCAUCUUACUUUCGCAAAUAAUCCAUUUGUGCCAAUGGGGACGUAUGGAUCUAUUGCCCCAGUUCUUACACUAGGUUCUAUAUCAAAAAGAUGGCUUGUACCUGGUUGGAGACUUGGUUGGCUUGUCACCUGUGACCCCAAUGCAUUUCUUCAGAAUUCGGGGCUUAUGAAGUCCAUUAAAGGAUGUCUUGAUGUCGCACCAGAUGCUCCAACCUUCAUCCAGGCAGCAAUUCCUCAAAUUAUAGAGAAUACAAAGCAGGAUUUCUUUUUGAAAACAGUUGAGAUGCUACGAAGUGCUGCAGACAUAUGCUUUGAUAAACUUAACGAGAUCCCAUGCAUUAUGUGCCCAAGCAAACCUGAGGGUUCCAUGUUUGUUAUGGUAAAGCUGAAUUUCUCAUUGUUGGAUGACAUUAGUGAUGAUGUUGAGUUCAGCCUCAAACUUGCCAAAGAGGAAUCUGUCAUAGUACUACCUGGUGUGACUGUUGGACUGAAGAACUGGUUGCGGAUAACAUUCGCUUGUGACCAUUUAAGUCUUCAAGAUGGACUUGGGAGGAUUAAAGCGUUCUGUGAGAGGCAUGCCAAGAAACAGUAACAUGAAUGUGUUGCAGUUCAGAUUACAAUGGAGUACAUACCUUAGAUGGUGAUCAGAAACUCCUGAUUAGAUCUCCUGCUCAAGUCAAAUGCUGGCUUUCAUUUGUUAUUUAAAAAACAAUUAUGAUAUUAGUAGAAAUCAGAUAUUGACUAGUCAGUCAAGUAUCGAGUAUGAAUAAAGGAAGUUAAAAAUAGGAGAUCAGCAACUUCGCGUUGUAUCUCUUGGUCUCAUGCAGUUCGUGCAACUUUCUCGAAUUGAUUGGAAUAAUUGAAAGGGAGUAUUUGUUAGAUAA